AAGUUUGACAAGUUUAACCGACGCACAAAAUCUCUCUCUCUCUUUCUGUCCCUCCCUCUCCCUCUCUCUCUCUCUCUCUUUCCCUCCUCUGCUGCGGAUUGUCAGCUUUUUGCUUCAUUUUAUCCACCACAAAUAACAACAUCCGUGUUUUGGCAUUAACACAGAGCCAGCUCGAUCGAAGGAGAUCUAUUAAACCAUGGAGUUUCUUCAGAAACUGCUGUCGGGUUUCAGGCUUGACCUGGGACCCUUAAAAGAGCCGCUGGGAUUUAUCCGCCUUCUGGAGUGGCUCUUCAGCAUCUUCGCCUUCGCCACCACUGGCGGAUACGAGGGGUCCCUGACCAUGACGCUCAACUGUCCAAAUCCACCUCCACAAGACAUUACUGCACACUUCGGCUAUCCUUUCAGGCUCCAGAAUCAGCAUUUUGACAUCCCGAACUGCAACGCCAGCGUCCCCUCCAACGUGACAUACCUGAGGGGGGACUUCUCGUCCUCCGCCGAGUUCUUUGUGUCCGUGGGCGUCUUUGGUUUCCUGUACUGCACCUUCACCCUCAUCCUGUACCUGGGCUACCAGCACGUCUACAGAGAAACCAGCCGAGGACCCAUCGCUGAUCUGAUUCUGACUGGGAUCUUUGCGUUCCUGUGGCUGGUCUCGUCCUCUGCGUGGGGAAAAGGACUGACCGAUGUGAAGUACGCCACCAACCCCGAUUUGCUGGGCACUUACUGCAGUCCACAGUGUGUGACCAAACUCUACCCCGCCAUGGGACGCCUUAAUUCCUCCGUGGUCUUCGGCUUCCUCAAUCUCAUCCUGUGGGCAGGAAACUGUUGGUUCAUCUUUAAGGAGACUCCGUUCCAUAAGCCUGCUCAGGCUUCCUCCAACAUGGAGCAGGGAGGCAGCUCCUAAUUGGAUAAGGCAGACUCCUCCCACUCCAUUCAAGCCAAUCAGAAAUUAGAGUAUGCCACUGCGGGUUCACAAGGACUCAUCCUAAAGUAAAGUAAAGUUUGAUACGAAGAGGUUUCGGCUCACAGCUGGUCCGGUCCAGCUGCUGUUUUCACUGUGCAGAACGUUCACUCUGGCUGUUUGGCUUUGGGUUUAAGCAGAAAGCGUCCGUCUUGGUUGUGUUGACUGGUGCAGGUGUAAUUAUCUACGUCCCAUAAAUUGUUUUGCAUCAUUACUAAUCGUUUGUCGUUCACUGUGUAUACAGUUGAGUGCAAAAUUUUUUUUUUGUCUACCAGCACCACAACUGACACGUUCCAUCACUACAAAUAACAAAAAAUGGUCAAAUGGUGUAUGUUAGGAUAUUAAAAGUGAAAAAGCUAAAUGAUCAGUUCAAAAGAAUAACUACAAAUAUUCUCUAAUAAAUUUGUAUGUUUAGAAUAUUUAUCCAUUAACUUACAAACAUCUUGAAUAAACUCUGAGCAGCUUCUUUUCUUUUGCUUAUAUCCUGAGGUGCCAAUAUUUAGCCACAGCAUUUACAAUUUUCAUCCCUUGUUACAGCGAUACUGUUUUAUGCCAAAAAAAUGCACCCCACGGAUGUGGGAUGUGAAAGAUUUAUUUGCUUCUGGUAGGAGUUCCAGAAUUAGUGCCAUGUUGGACUUUCCUUUUUUGGUUUUCUUACUGUUGUUUGAUGCACAUUUAAAGCCACUCGGCCACAUACAGUACCAUUUGUUUGUUUGUUUGUUUGUUUGUUUUUUCCACACCUGCUAGGAUUUUAUGCUUAGCAAUGUUGGCAUCUCUGUAUAUACAUUCAAACUCAGCCAGAUCCAUUGGCAAAUUGCUCAUUUUUGUUGUGAAAAUCAGUUUUAAUUCUGGAGAUUUAAGUCUAGAGUCUCGGAGGAUCCUCACAAAACUAGCUUUCUGUUGAUUUGGGCCUGUUUCACAUUGUUGUCGAUCACGCCUAGAUGCUAUUUUCAAAAUAUGAUGGGGGGUGCAAACUUUUGCACUCAACUAUAUAUGCACUUAUGUGUACACACAUAUGUGUGUGUGUAUGUAUAUGUAGUAUGUACACACACAUGCUUAUAAGCCACUGAUGGACUGUGUGUUUCUUAUAUAAAUCUGUUUUGUUAAUUUUUUUCACAUUUGUCAAAAUUUGCUCUUGUGCUUUUCUCUUUGUACCAACUGCAAGCUUUAGGAUUUAGAAACACACACACACACACAAACGUGCACUCAGACAUUACACACUUCAACAUAUUGUCUUUAUAGAGUAUGAAGAUGUUUUGGACUGUUUAUUCUGACAAAGUGCCUCAAAUUAUAGACAUCCAGUGUCUCUCUGGGACUUUAAAUAACACUUUCACAUGAUUGGCGCAGUUCAGAGACGACUCUCGCACUGACUCCAGAUCUUAACACACUUUCCCAGUGCAUUGUGUUCUACUUAUUUAAGCUGUAUGCAUUUAAUUGUGUGAUGACAAAAGACUUACCUUCAGAAAAAAAAAAUCGGAACCAUUAAACACUAAUUUCCUUUUUUUUUUUUUUUUUUUUAAAGAUAUGUUCCUGUUUAUUCAAAUUACCAAUAUGCUUGUACAUUUUUCUGCAUAAUUACGGCAAGCAGAGAGAAUCUUAUUCAUCAUGUCAGUGUGCACGUUUUGUACGUUUUAUAUGAAGUAUAUCUCGUAUGAAAAUCUGUAAGCACAUUUCAGUCACACUUCGCUUUUCAAACUAAUUAAAAUUCUAUUUGAUUAAGCAUUGUAUUACUUGAAAGUAGCCAUGUGCUGACAUUUGUCUCUGAUGUUAUAUUUUACCCAAUUUCUAACCUGUUUCUCAGUUUGGAGCUGAAUUAUUCAUGAACAGAAUUACAGGAUUAUUUUCUCUGAAAAGGACACGUAAACAUUCUUGUUUUAAAUUUGUCUAAAAUAAGGGCCCUAAGACGAUUUCUGAAUACAACACGGGGGUAGUGACGAUAAUUUUAUGUUAGUUAUAUAUUUUGUUACUCAUUUAUUGGCACAUGCCUGUUUGAGAGUAAUUAUUGUAUCACUUAUAGCUAAUUUACAGUCUUGUAAGUGUUGUUCUUGUAAGUGUUGUCAUUUCUGCUUCUCUUCAGCUUUGUUUUUUUGAUAUUGAUGAUUUGGCUUUGGACUGUUCGUUUCUACCUUUUCUCAUACAAUAUGAAAGCCUUAAAUACACUGUGCCUUAAUCUCUAAUCAUAGCUUUUUUAAAAAAUUAAAUAAAUAGUGUUUCACAGUAUA